ACACUUUAUAUAUCGUUUCCCUGUAUAUAUGCUGUCUAUAGAUUUUAUUAUGUAUACACUAUAGUCCGGGUUGAUACUGUUGUACUGUAUCAAGCUUCUCUCUUACUAUGUCAUAUAAUCGCCCUUAUUUUCGUAAAUUUAUGUAUAGUAUAUUAUAACCUUUUGGAUUGUUAUACGUCCUAUCUGCCUAAUUAAAGUAGUAUACAAACUUGGACGAUCAUUCGCCAGUUACUAUUGCUAUGUCGUAUUUAAAUAAAAGCUAAUAUUUCAUAAUGGUUUCUGCUAUUGAUGAACUUAUCAACGAUGUUGACAGCUCUAUCUGCGCAGUUUGCUUUGAUGUCUUGGAAGAAGCCUUAAACAAUGCCAAUCCAAACUCUCGCGAUAGCCUAAACAAGUUAAUUUCUAAUGACAUAACUUGUCCUCUUUUUGUAACCUGGAUGACUAAGUCCAAUGAUGGGUUGGAUGAAGAUUUGAGAGGUUGCAUAGGUACGCUAGAGCCUGUAAAGAUAGAACACCUAAGACGUUAUGCAUACAUGAGUGCAUUUAACGAUGAUAGAUUCGCUCCAAUCAGUUCACAUGAGUUGGAAUCCCUUAUAUGCAAGGUUUCUAUCUUGCACUCAUAUGAGGAUUGUAAUGGCUGUGAAGAUUGGACGAUAGGCACUCACGGUAUCAUAGUAAACUUUGUUUAUAAUAAGAAACGGUAUUCGGCCACUUAUCUACCGGAAGUUGCACUAGAACAUAACAUGAGCAAAAGCACUGCAAUAAACCAACUUAUAAGGAAAAGUGGUUACCGUUUUUCUAUUACGGAUGAUUUGUUGGCGUCAUUAAAAGUAACACGUUAUCAAUCCAAAAAGAUUCAGAUGGAUUAUUCCGAAUAUAAAAACCUAGAAAACUAG